AGGCAGAAGCAGGCCAGCAGUAGCAGGGAGUGCCACCUCUGCCCAUUGGCCCAGAGGAUGAUGAGCUGCAGGACAGCCAGGAUAAAAGCUGGUGCUGCUCAGGGCUCUCCCAAGCACUGCUCUGGCCUCCUCCUUGGGAACAAGACCUCCAUCCCAUCCCACCAAGAUGUCUUGCUCCGACCUGUGCCCACCAAAAACCAGCGUGGCCGUGCCCCAGCCCAUCGCUGAGAGCUGCAACGAGCUGUGCGCGCGCCAGUGCCCCGACUCAACGGCCUUCAUCCAGCCACCGCCCGUCGUCGUCACCUUCCCCGGCCCCAUCCUCAGCUCCUUCCCCCAGCAAGCCGUGGUGGGCUCCUCCGGAGCACCCGCCUUUGGGGGCUCCCUGGGGCUGGGGGGCCUCUACGGCGCCGGGGCCACUCAGGGCUCGGGCGGCCUCUGCACUUUUGGCAGACCCUACGUGUCUCCUGCCUGCAGCCCCUGCGCCUUGCCCCGCUACAGCAGGAAGCUGUGGGACACCUGCGGGCCCUGCUAAACCCAGACCCAGACCACCUUUCCUCCUCAUUCCUCAUCCUGUUCCUGAAUGCGUGAGGCCAACAUUGUCCUGCAGGGUCCUUUCUGGGCCUUGUGCUGACUGCUGCCUUGAAGAAGCCUGAAGAAACACCUGUCCUGAAGCCCCAGGCAUCUCCUGCCUACCUGGGUCUAGUACAUCUCUGCUGUUUGUUGUGUCCUUUCCUGCCUUUAUGAUUAAACAAGGUUGCAUCCAA